UCUCUCUGGUAUUUACAGAUAUCCAGUUGUCUGUCUCCCGUGCUCCGGGACGCGCAACAAUGCUUGGUCUUGAAGACUACUCCGAUACUGUACACCGCCUUUAUCCAAUGACACUGCAGGGAUAACUUUGGCCUUUACGCCCACAGCGUAUUUUGUUCCCGGGCUCGCCUCCUCUGUCUCGAGAAAGUUCAGAUUUUCUAUAAUCACCUCUCAGCACUUGUGCCGUGAUCUGUGUUCCCCAACGCAUUUUCUAAAAGGUAAUUCAACCGCCUGAAUAGCAAGAAUGUUUUGAAGCUGCACGGUUUUGUGAGUGCAUGCAAAUAAUAUUAAGUACAGUAUGUUUGUGCUCUCCGUGGAUAAUUGUAUUUUAAACCUUAAACAGUGCCAAAUAUACAGAAUACAUAUGACAGUAUAUAAAAGAACUGCGGAAUGAAGUAAUGAGAAAAUCAAACUUUUUGCACAAUUUUUCCCAAGGACUUCAGGCUAGUGUUUAAUAUUUUAUUGAAAGAAAUACUGUUUUCAGAUCAAGAAUAAUAUCAAAUCAUAUUGUAAUGGCAGGCAUACCUGCCACUUAAAAGCAUUCAUAUGCUUAGAAUCCUGCACAUACACACCUCGGGGGGGUACAGAACAGCUGAGCACCGGAAGACGCGAUAAACGUGACGCAUCUCGCUUAUUUAUUUUCUUUUUAUGAGAGAGAGACAGAAAAUAAUAAACAGAGCUUCACCACUCGCUCCCUCGGGUUUAAAAAAAAAUUAUAAACAACAAAGUAAAAAUAAACCAAAACCAAAAUACAGAUUCUCUCUCUCUCUCUCUCUCACUCUCUCCCUGUAUGUCUUUUUCUCUCUCCCUCUUCCUGUCUCUCUCCCCUCUCUCUUUCUCUGUCUCUCUCUCUCUCUGUCUCUCUCCCCUCUCUCCCUCUCUUUCUCUCUCUCUCUCUCUGUCUCUCUCCCCUCUCUCUUUCUCUGUCUCUCUCUCUCUCUGUCUCUCUCCCCUCUCUUUCUCUCUCUCUCUCUGUCUCUCUCGCUCUCUCUCUGUGAGCAAGAAGGCCUUGUAUACAGCAUGUGUAAAGGUUCGGCACCUUCUUUUCCUGGGAAAGGUGAGGGCAGGUGUUUGACAGGGUUUGGGACCAAAUUCUGUACCGGAUUUGAAGAAUUGGAGAUUGUAGUAUAAGGCACCAUUUCCAGAGUGGUCAGGAGACCUCCACUGGAGGCUUAUCCAUGGAGCCAUAACCACCAGUAGACACCUGGCACAUGUAGACCGUGCCCUGGGGGAGGGCUGCCCUUUUUGUGGGGAGAGAGGAUCUACGCACCACCUGUUUGUGCAGUGCAAUCGGCUGUCAGCUGUUUGCUUUAUUGAGCGAUCUGUGCUGGAGGCUUGUGGUGGUUUUUGACAUGGGGAUCUUCAUUCUGGGUCCAGGGUACAGUACAAAACACAAGUGUAAACUCUUCUUGGUUAAUUUUCAAUUUGGGCAAGCAAAGUUUAGCAAUUAGCAUCACAAGGAGAAACCGGAUACAAGAGGAGGUUUACCAGAGCCUUGAAGGGUUGGCUCCGCGGGUCCGGCGGCUCCUGGCUCUCCUCUGCCGGAUUUCGUCGUUGUCUCGGCCUGAGUGGUCCCGCAGCGCGAUGGCGUCCAGCCCGGCACUGGAGCUGGGUAGCGCAGAGCAGCUAAUGGGCGAGAUGCCCCAGCCAAUCGGAAUGAUGCGACGAGCCUCCAGCUAUGACGCGUCGCUGGACACGCCCAUGGUCUCCAUCCCAAUCAACACGAGCUUCAACAUCCUGUGGAAAACGCCUGUGAUUCCGGAAAAAAAGUUCCGGUGCUUAUCAGAGGGUGACGACGACGGAAUCACCUUCAAAGUUACCCCCCCAGAACCUGCCCACCCCGUGGUCAAGACCAAAGCAUCGUCCUCCAUCUUAAAUUCCCUUAUGAACAAGCAAACCCAGGAUAACAUACAGAGGUUCGAACAGAAGGCUGGUCUGAAGGACGCUGGGUACACCCCGCACAAGGGACUGACCGCGGAGGAAACCCGCUACCACUACAUGGCAGAAGCGCUACACAAGCUGAAGAUGCCGAGCGGGGACUUCCGGGAGGAUAAGCAGAGAACGUCCGCGCAGUCCACACCCAGCGCCACGCCCAGCGCCACACCCAGCGCCACGCCCAGCGCCACGCCCAGCGCCACGCCCACCGUCACCCCCCACGCCUCCCCCAGGGCUAAUCGCAGGAGCUGGUUCGGCCAGAGUUCCGUCGCCUACCUUCCCAUCUCCGAGUUCGACACCGGUGACGCAGGCUCGGGAAUGGGCGGGACCGAGGGCGGAGGCGGGGACAGCUGGCGCCUGUUCGGCACGCGAUCCACGGUGUCCAAGUCCUCCACUGACCCAGACAGCCUGAGUCUUCAGUCUUGCCCGGGGAACCAGAAGGCCAACCCCCUGGAGAUGAUGAAGACUCGGGUGAGCCAAGAGCCCAUCGUGCUCAAGACGCCGAAGAUCGAACUCCCGGAGCUGGAGGUCAAGAGAAACAUGCCCCGCCCCCACAAACUCAAACCGCGCGACAUGAACGUUCUCACCCCGUCCGGCUUCUGACCCCACCCCCCCACCCCUCUGUUCUGACAAAGACUUUUUCUUCUUACGACUUCCCUGCUUCCUCGAACUGGCACCCAGAAGAACAGCGUUUUCUUGAGGCUUCUUGGGUCCCUACAGACUUUGAAACGACGGUGCCAAUAACGAAUCCAAGCAUAGCAAGGAAGGUCUGAAUUACAGAAGGUUUCAUGGUGUGAAUGUUUGUGGGGGUUUUUUUUUUUUGGUUUUUUUUCUCAGUGGUCCUCCCCUCUUCUCCCCACUAGAUGGCAGUGUUGUUCUACACACUGGGAGGCGCCGCUUUUUUUUUCUUUUUUUUUUUUUUAAACCUCUAGUUUUUAGUGUUCUCUUUUUUGUUGAAUGGACAGAUUCUGAAUUUUUUUGUCUUUUCCUUUUAGUGAAAUUGGAGCAUGCACAGGAUGUGUGCCACAGGAGAGACUUGCUUGUUCAUUUAAAAAACAUGGAUUGUUUAAAAGAGGAAAAAAAAAAAAAAAGACCAGCUAGCACAAACAUGGCACACUCGCUUGGUGGGAGCUAGUUUCUGUUCUGGCAUUAUGGUGCAGCCAUAGUGUAGCGCUUCUUGUGUUAAUAAGCUUGACGUGGGCCUGCCUCUGCUGACGUCAGCAGAGUCGUACUGGGGGGCCGCGUCGAUGUAAAUACUUGGGUCCACGCAUUGCACAAUAACUAAUGAGACGUUUGUUAUAUGUACCAUUGUUUCUCCCACACAAGAGCAGUUCAUUUCCUGAUUCACACAGUCAGUUAGCAGUGAAGCAGCCGCCACUAACCUGAACCCAAGGGUUCGGUUUCCACAUUUCUCAUUUCCGCGUAUUCUUCAGUUAAUAAGCUUUCUGAUUAAGACUUACCUGCUGCCUGACGUGUGGUCUCAUUUAAACACUAGACGGUCGGUUGUACUGCAAUAUCAUUGUAUAGCAUCAGGAUUAUAUUGUAAAUUGCAUUAAGGCGUUAAAAUUGUAUAUUUGAUAUAUUUUUUAUUUAACGUGCUGGUAUCUUGAAAGGAAUGCAUUUUUUGUCGCAAAUGUCAAGCGUGCUGUCAUUUAAAUAAAUGCUUUAAUGAGUUUUCAAAUUUAACCAGCUGGGAAGCACAGAAUAAUCAGUAUUUAUUUGAAGUUAUCACACGUUACGACUAUAAAACUAAGAUUUAUUAGAAUGGGUUUUCCAAAAGAGUGCCAAACAGCUUUUGCAUUCUUUUACUUUAGGGGUGGGUUCUUUUUUAAGUUGGGAAAGAAAUGAACAUCACCCCCUUACAAUUAUUGAAUUAGCUGUUUGAAGACUUGUGAGACAAAUGUCGUAAUUGUAUUGUGUGAGAUAAAAUACUCAGUAUUUUCCCAUA